GCUAGUUGCAAUGACCGAGAAUUGCAGACAGAAAUUCCGCUCCCUUGUGUUUUUUGGAUAGAAGGUACUAACUAAACAGCACUCUUAUCAUUAAUCAUAAAAAUUAUUUCUUUCAUGAAGAUAAGGUUUAUUUGGGUCCUUGUUUAAAUCUAUUCUUUACCAGACUAGUCCACGUCAUCGUGUAGCUUCUGCAACGAGCAAGCGGCCAUAUUAACCGGUUGACAGCUCGGUACCCUCCGUCGUUUCUUUGAAGAUUUGUCGUCUAAAAACAACUUUCACCAGUUGGAUUAUUAGUUUACAUCCUAGAUCAAAAUGAAUAUCUUCCGUCUAUUGGGAGACUUGUCUCAUCUUCUGGCUAUUGUCAUACUUCUGUUGAAGAUAUGGAAAAGUCGUUCGUGUGCAGGUAUUUCGGGUAAGUCUCAAUUUCUGUUUGCCUUGGUCUACACCACCAGGUACUUGGAUUUAUUGACAAACUAUGUCUCGCUCUACAACUCUUUCAUGAAGGUGGUAUUCAUUGCAGCAUCCUAUGGCACACUUUAUUUAAUGUAUGUCAAAUUCAGGGCUACAUAUGACCGAAAUCAUGACACAUUCAGAGUCGAACUCUUGCUUAUUCCUGUUGCCGCCUUGGCUCUCCUUUUCAACCACGAGUUCUCUGUCAUGGAAGUGCUGUGGGCUUUCUCAAUCUAUCUGGAAGCAGUUGCGAUCUUGCCCCAACUUUUCAUGGUUUCCAAGACUGGAGAGGCUGAAUCUAUCACAUCACAUUACUUGUUUGCUUUGGGCUCCUACCGUGCUCUGUACAUCUUAAACUGGAUCUACCGUUACUAUGGUGAGAGCUUCCAAGAUUGGAUCGCUGUAGUUGCCGGCAUCGUUCAAACUAUUUUGUACUGCGACUUCUUCUACCUCUACAUAACCAAAGUUCUCAAAGGAAAGAAACUGCAACUACCAGCAUAAACAAAUUUAUUAUCUUCAUCAUCAUCACCAGGAAUUUGUUGGCAAAUUGUCACGCCGCAACAAGAUGGAGAUGAGAAGAAAGCAAGUGUGUAUGUGUGUGUGUUACAUGCAGAUUGGCCUUUUAAUAAUUUCCUUUCCGCGUUUCAUUUUAAUGUUUCUUGAUUAUUUUUUCCUGUUUAUCCUGCAAAGAAGGAAAAGCUUGAGCAAAUGAAUUUUUCGCAAAGCCAACAAAGGAUGCGAUUUUCAGCUCAUGAUACAGGGGGCUAAUUAAAAUUUGUUUUCAAUAAAAGAAUUUUUUUUCUGCUAAACAUAAAGUCCGUUCACGUUACAUCUUCCACCUGUUGUCCACUGUACACGGCAUAGAUAGGAAUGGAGCGGCAUUAUUUAGAGUGGGGUCUCUAUCUUUUAAUUGUAUUGCAUAUAUUUUCCUUGAACUUGACAUUCAUCCGGUUCUGUGAUGGCCAUGUCGUAUAAAUCAUUAGGUAAAAUAGUGUAGUACACGGCUAAUCUAAUAUCGCUUAUUAAUGGUUGACCUUUUUCAUCUUGACCGCAGUUCAACUUCAAAUCUUUUUUUUACGUAACUCCAGACUAAUACCGUACUGUUAUCUUCUUCUAUAUACUCAUUUGCGGUAACCUCCAAACUUUAGCUUAGAUGACCUCGCAUGGCGUAACUAUUGCACAAUUAAUCAACGACUUAGUAAUGCACCAACACAAAUGUUUACCUUUUAUCCAAAGGCCAUCAUGUCGGCACUCAACAGUCAUCACGCUCAUCACCACAAUCUUCUUAUUAGUUUUAUGUAAAUAUUUCCCUAGUGAAUUACACGAAAGACCAAGCAUU